UCUACUUUCCUUCUUCCCCGAAGAGAGAGAAACAAAGAAAAGAAGAGAGAGAAUCUCUAUCCGUCCCUCUCUCUCUCUCUCUCUCUCUCUCUCCUGCACGUUAUAAGCGUUCUCCUCUUUAUCGCCAUCCCCUUUCAUACUUUAGCCAAUGAGUUCGCGUCGCUUCGUUGGUUCAUCAUAGAUUCGCUCUCCCCGUUUCCGUUAAGCGAAAGCAAAGCUCUCCACCACAUCGAAUGGAGUUGGUGGGGAAAGUCGUUAGGAAAGAGAUCGAAGGCGUUGGGCUUUGCUCCGGGACGGUUCGAUCUCGCGACGAUUCGUCUGGAUUCUUCGAGAUCGUUUACGAGAAUGGCGCUACGGAGAUCUCGGAUUUAGCUGAGGUUGCUGCUCUCGUGAUGGAUUUGAGAGGGAAUGUUGAUUUGAAUCGUGGUCCUGUGGAAACCCUAGGUAUGGAUUUGAAUAGGGGGUUUGAUGUCACUACUGGAUUGGAUUUGAAUUUGAAUGAGGGUUUAGGUUUGGUUGAUGUGAGUAUCGAUUAUGAGGAGGAUUGUGGUGAUAAAAAGAGGGGCUUUAUUGAUCUGAACAUGGAUGCGAGCUGUGAUUUGGAGAGGGAGGGAGGAUUUGAUUUGAACCUUGAGGUUAAUGUGGAGAACACCAAGGAUGGAGGUGACAUAGUUCAAGAAACCAACAUGCAGGUUGAAAAUGGUUUCGAGGAGGCUGGAGAAUGUAAAGAAGUUCAUGUUGCUGAAGUGUCCAGCGUUCAGCUUUUGGAGGAGAUAGGGAAGCAGAACGGUGUUUCCCUGCAAGAUCUCAAUACUCCCAAUUCUAAUGGGGCUCCUGAGCAUGAUGGUAAGACUGUUGAUAAGUCUCUCUCUGAUAGGGAAAUGUCGAAUGAAUACACAAGUGGUAGGAGGAAAAGAAGAAAAGGCUCGGAGAAUCCAGAGUUCACGAGUCAGCCUCGGUUGAGAAGAAGCGCUCGUAGACUGUCAGCUCGAUCCACUCUCAGCAGCACUGUUACAGCUUCCUUAGCUGAUGAAGUAUCCCCUUCUCCGUCAGUUAGUAGUCUGACAGACGAGAAAGCUUGGAUCGUUGAUGAAAAACCUGAGAAUGUGUCUGUGCUUCCGCCAAAGCCACAGUUACCUCCAUCCUCGCAUAUUUUGAAUUUAGAUGGUCUUCCCGUACUUAAUGUCUUCACUGCUUACUCGUGCCUGAGGUCCUUCAGCACUUUGCUGUUUCUGAGUCCCUUUGAGUUGAAGGAUUUUGUGGAAGCGCUGAGGUGCAUGUCUCCUAGUCUAUUACUUGAUAGCAUCCAUGUUUCGGUCUUGCAACUAUUAAGAAAACGUUUGAAACAACUCGUUAAUGAAGGUGACCGAUCUGCGUCUGCUUGCCUGAGGAGUCUUGAUUGGGAUACGUUGGAUGUGGUUAAUUAUCCCCUUUUUGUGCUCGAAUACCUGCUGUUUUCUUGGUCUGAGGACAAACCCGGAGUGGAUCUAACUCGAUUUAACUAUUUGAGAAAUGAGUAUUUCAGACAGCCCAUGAAUCUGAAAAUUGAGAUACUUAGCCGUUUGUGUGAUGAUAUGACCGAUGCUGAAGUUGUGAGAUCAGAGCUUGAUAAAAGAUCUUUUGCAGCUGAGUCUGAAAUGGAAACUGACAGGAAGACAAAUUCAGAAGUGAGACGCAGAAAGCGAACUAUGACGGAGCUGGCAGAUGAUCUUUCUUUGAACGAUGAGGUCAUUGAUUUCUCGUUUGACCGGAACAGUGACUACUGUUGUCUUUGUAAAAUUGAUGGGAACUUACUUUGCUGUGAUGGUUGUCCGGCUGCCUAUCAUUCUAAGUGUGUCGGUGUUGCCAGUGACCUUUUGCCUGAGGGUGACUGGUACUGUCCUGAAUGUGCAUUCGAUCGGCUUGUACCAGGAUUAAAGCCUGAAAAGCAAAUUCGAGGAGCAGAGUUUAUAGAUAUUGAUCCCCAUGGCCGAAGAUACUACAGCAGUUGUGGCUACUUAUUGGUAAUCGAUACAGACGGCCCAGGCUCAGUGAACUACUACCAUGUGAAUGAUGUGAUCCUUGUAUUGGAGCAGCUCAAGUCAUGCGGUAGUUUCUAUCUUGGCGUAAUAAAUGCAAUUAAAAAGCACUGGAAUAUCCCUGUUGGGCUGAAAAGGACCAUCAGCGGUGUGAAUUCGCAAAUGUCCGUAUGCUUGGAUAAGUCAGCCAAAGGAAUGGUUUCUUCUAUUGAUGGGUCUAAGGCUUCUUUACCAGCUCCAGAAAAACAGCCAACGUCUGGAGAUAAGAAAAGGCUGGACGAAACAUCUAGCAAUGGAGGUCCACAUAAUCAUUGUCAUAGGACUCGUCGGAAAGUAUUAAAUUCAGCUACUGGACUAGAUGUCCAUAGUUUGAGUUCCGAAGGCUCUGCUGAAACUGUACAAAAUGGAUUGGAUGUCAUGAAGGAGCCAAAUUUGAAUAUCCAUGCAUCUUCCCAUGAUUUGGCUAGAAUAAACACAAGGAAAGGAAUUAAACAGAAUGUGCAGAGCGAAACAGGCUACCGAAACCAGUACAUAUUUGCUCAGAUGACUACAGCAAUUUCUGAAGAGCUGGCGCGUAAGUCAGUUAGCCGUACCAAUGAUAUGCGAUCUGAUGAAGAGAUAACUUCUACCCAGGUGAAGACUAUAUUGAUGAAGACCACUAAAUUUCAAUGGCGAAACAUCCAAGACCUCUACCUAGAUGCAUGGAAAGAAAAAUGUGGGUGGUGUCAUUCUUGCAAAUCUGAGGAUGCCGGGAGUGAGACAGAUUGUUUGUUUAACAUGAGUCUCGGGGCUUUACGGAGUCCUUCGGAAACUGAAGUUGCUAACAGUCAAUCCAUUGAUAAGAAAAGUCAUCUUAUGGCUAUCAUUUGCCAAAUGUUAUCCAUGGAAAGUCGAUUGCAAGGUCUUUUGGUGGGUCCAUGGUUGAAUCCACAGCACUCCAGAAUUUGGCGUGAACACAUUCUGAGCGCAUCAAGUAUAUCAAAUUUGAGACAUUUAUUAGUUGAAUUAGAGGCAAAUUUGCAUCAUCGUGUUCUUUCACUUCAGUGGCUAAACCAUGUCGAUUCUUCCGUAGAAAUGGGCUCCUCUAGGCAUAUCAUUGCUUCGGCAUCAAAGACUGCUAAAAGGCGGGGGACAUUGUUGGAGUCGGGUGUUAACCCUACUGCAAAGAAAAAUGGUGCACUGGCCAUGUGCUGGUGGAGAGGCGGCCGAAUUUCACGGGAACUAUUCAACUGGAAGGUUUUACCUCGCUCUUUGGUCUCGAAGGCUGCUAGACAAGGUGGAAGUAUGAGUAUUCCAGGAAUACUGUAUCCUGAGAAUUCAGAGCCCGCUAAGAGAAGCCGACGUGUUGCCUGGGAAGCUGCGGUUGACUCAUCUACGACUACAGAGCAGCUCGGUUUUCAGGUGAGGACACUCCAUUCUUACAUAAACUGGGAUGAUAUCGAAAACAGUCAUCUUCUUCCUGCAUCAGACAAAGAGUCCAAAAAAUCUGCCAGGCUGUUCAAAAAAGCAAUUGUCCGUAGGAAGGGCGUAGAGGAAGAAACUGUGAAAUAUCUCCUUGACUUCGGCAAGAGGAGAAAUAUUCCGGAUGUUGUGUUGAAGAAUGGUCGCAUGAUUGAAGAAUCCUCGAGUGAAAGAAAAAAGUUCUGGCUGAAUGAAUCAUAUGUGCCUUUACAUCUUCUGAAAGGGUUUGAAGAGAAAAAAGCUGUACGUAAAGCUAGUAAGCCGGGAGGCUCCUUCAGGCCCUCUGAGAUAGACAAAGCAAGGAAAAUGUCCUCAGAGAGAAAAGGAUUCUCAUACCUAUUUGAAAGAGCAGAAAGACCUGAGGCCUCUUUGUGUGAGCAAUGUAAGAAAGAUGUGCUUUUGAGUGAUGCUGCGUGCUGCCACAUCUGCAAAGGAUUAUUUCACAAAAAGCAUAUCAGGAAAGCGGAUAAAGAAGGCAACUACAUCUGUCUUGCAUGCAGAAGUGAAGUGCUAGCAAAAGAACAACCCAUCGUACGUAAAAGAGGGCGGCCCCCAGGGAGUUUCCGUAAAAAAAUUGGAGUUCAGACACAAAAACGUAAAAAGGUCAUCAUACCUGCUCGCAAAUCAGUUCGGCUAAAGAAGACUAAAAAAACGUCACUGGCAGAGAGAAUUUCUGUUAGGUCAAAGAAUCGUAAAAAGGUUGUUGCAAACAAACCAUUGCGACGUUCGGGCAGGAGACCGAAGCAUGUUAUUCGGCUGCAGGAUGAAAGUCCAGUUCCUGGAGGGAGUAAGAAACGGAAACUGGAAACCAAAAGAGGCAGAGGCAGGCCUAAGAAAAUGAAACAAGAGAUUUCCAUAAGAAGUAAGAGAACAGAAAGGAGCUUUAGCUAUUGGUUGGAUGGACUCCGCUUAUCAAGAAAGCCUGAUGAUGAACGGGUCAGUAAGUUCUCGAGAGAUGGAUGUUCAAAACCCUUGAAGAACUCGGAUUCUGAUCAAGUUCAACGUCAGUGUCGUUUAUGCGGCUCGAUGGACUCUGAAUCCGGAUCAACAUUCAUCGCUUGCGAACUCUGUGAAAAAUGGUACCAUGGAGAUGCAUGUGGGAUUAACGAGAAGAACUCAAGUAUGGUGAUUGGAUUCCGGUGUCAUCUCUGUCGAGAAAAGCCUUCUCCUACCUGUCCACAUGAGAGAUCUACUACAUCCCCUGUCCCAUCCUAAGCUGUGAAUUUGUUAAAGGCUGGUAGAGUAUUAUUAAGCUGGGGAUCAAGUUAGAAGAAUCAGAGUUAGAGAAUCAAAACAGAGGAGCAAAAUGUUUGGUGGUAGUAUGAAGUUAUGUUUGGCUUGUUGGGGAUGCAACUUGGAUGAGUAGGUACUAAAGUGAAGUGGUCGACUUAGAAUUAGAUUGAACAAAAAAAAAGGGGAUUCAAGAACCAGAGUUAAUUUUAACAUUAAUUUCGUUUUUCUUUUCAGACUGGAGGGAGUUAGUAAACAUGUGACUGUAUGUAAAGAAUAUGUUGAAUCCAUUUUCUACCAAAAUCCAUUGGUAGUGGUGUUUGUUACCAAGUGUAAUUUGUACCCUUGUGUCUUCAUCACAAAUGCAAUUUACUUCUGCUCC